GGCGGAGCCCGGAGCCGCCGGGAGCCCAGGGCGCUGGGCCGCCCCCUGCCCAGUCCUCGCAGGCCGCCAGGCCCCCUCCAGCCGGGGCCGUGGAGCACCGGGGCAAAGGCCGGGGUCCCCCCAUGAAGGAGCGCGACGCGGCCCCGGCCGAGCGGGGCAAGCCGGCCACCUACACCGGGGACAAGAAGGCGAAGAUGGCGGCCAAGACCAACAAGAAGUGGGUCCGGCUCGCCACCGUGUUCGCCUACGUGCUCUCCGUGUCGCUGGCCGCCAUCGUGCUCGCCGUCUACUACAGCCUCAUCUGGCAGCCGGUGGGCGCCGGGACCUCGGGGGGAGCUGCGGGCCCGCCUCCCGGCGGCUCCAACGCCACCGGCCCGUCGGGGACUUCGGGGGCGGCGGGGCCCAACACCACCCGGUCGUCCCGCCGCGAGGCGCCGCGCGAUGCGCCCCCGCUGCAGGCGGCGCGGCCCGCGCCCCCCGAAUCCCCAGCCGACAGCCCCCUGGCCGGGCCGCUCGAGCGACCUCGGGGGCCGGAUGAGGACGAGGAAGACGCGGCGGCGGCGCCCGGGACUCGCUGAACCUCUCCGCUCCGGGGGCGGCCGGGAAUCAACCUCCCCAAGCCCGGAGGCUGGACUUUGCAGCAGGACAGACGGGGCGGGGAGUCCGCGGGAGUGACCCCAACGAGAGGGGAACCCCUCACCCCACCUCCCCCACGCCUACAAUCGCCAGCUCGCCCCGGGACCUGGGAACCCGCAGCCCGAUCUUCAGCCAAGGAACCAUGAUUCCUAUCGCUGGGGACUCGGGGUUUGGUCUUCCCAGGACCGUGCUGCGGCAGGGCCCUGAGCCAUAGGGGAAUGGGGGAGGGUGGGGAGAUCCUAACGCCGAACCCUCUGCACUGCUCGCUCUGGUGUAUCCUACAUGCAGGGGGUAACUUGGGCUUCCCCCCCCCACAAGACUCAGGGGAAGGAGGGAGCUGUAGGGGCUCUUUUUUAAUAAGCUGAAGCUCUCGAAAGGAAGAGGGCACCAAAAGUAGUGGAGCUCAGGUAUGUCAACCUAGUUGCAGUGGCCAGACAUGCGUUUAAUUUAUAGAUCCCUGUAUAUAGUUGUUGACAUAUGCACUAGAAGCUAUAAUCACAUUGAAAUCUAUGUAUCCUCCCACAGACUGGGUAGCUACUGACUGAGGGGGACCAGCAAGGGCUAUUUGCUGGCCCCCAAAGUGCACCUAGCCAGAAGGGCACAAACACGGCUUUUUCAUCACUUGCUCUUUCCCCUGUUCCCUUUCUAUUUCAGAAAGAUAGGUUCAUGACAUUCUUUCACAAGAGUAUAAUCAUUUUUGGACUGUUGACAUGACAGUGGAAAACCUUGGGAGAAGCAGAAGUAGUUUAGGGAGGGUGGGGAAUGUGUGGAUACCCUGGUGUUCCCACCCUAAUGCCCCCACCAAAGUGGCUUCCUGUUGCAGGCGGGAGUGUCUGGAUGUGGACCAGGGACCAUGGAUGAGAAAGAGCAAGGCAGCUGUGCUUCAAUCCUGGCCUCCCCUCACACAGUUCCUUUAGGAAGAGCAAGCUUUUGUAAGAGUAGCUGGCAAGUGUUUUAUCUUUUUUUCCUGCUCCUCAAGUUCUUAUCUAGUUCCAGAUCCUGCCUUAUUUUAUCUCUCGCUCCUCAACAGCUUGUCCUGUUCAUCUUUGCUUUCCCUCUUCCCUGUGUCCAUAACAAGGCACCUAUGGAUAGGUAGGACAAAUCGGUUGUACAAGCAGAGCUUUGAUCGUGUCCUCUAGCUUUGAGUUACACUGCAGAAUCGGAAGGGCCAGAAGGUGGGCUUCAUCUCAGGAUUGGGCUUUGGUAGCCAGUUAAGGGACCAGCCAUGGGAAAGUUGAAUUGGUCUGUCUUUUAUCUUUCCUAAAGAUUGUGGCCUGCAAUUUUAUAAAGGAGGUGACAGACAUCAAGGGAAAUGACAUAUGUAUAGCUCUGGGGCAGCAAGAAUUACACUUCCUCAAUUUGGAUUCCAUUUCCUUCUGCCACUUGCUUUUAGGCAAUUGAGUGUGGGUAGUGACAAGAUAUCAAACCCCUUAGUGUUUCCUUUUUGGGAAAUGAGGCAUUUAAAAAAAAA